AUGGAUUUUCAUCCAAAGUACCCUCAACCAUUCACACUGCAUGAGGCCGUCCAGCUCGAACCUGGCGUCAUAGCAGACGAGAUCGCCCGGUUACAAAACUCGCUCAAGCAUCUCAAGCAGACGCAGGAUGAGUUGCACUCUUUUGCGCGCGAAGAUCCAGGAGACGAUGAUAUCAAGGAAGCCGUAUCUGAGAAUGAGACGACGAUAGGCUCGCAGGAGGAGCGCAUUACUAUGCUGAAGCUGGCACUCGUUGAGAAGGGUGUCAUUCUUCCCUCCAGUCAUUAUACACUACCAGGAGAACGUGUACAUGACCCACCACCGCCAACUUCUGCGCCUGCAGAAGGAUCAUUAGCAAGUCUGAUGCAAGGAGAAGAGAUAGCGCACACUGCGCCUAUGGAAGAAGAGGAAGAGGGAGGGAUAUCACUGUGA